UUCCGUCAUAACCCGGUAGAUGUUACCGCGUGACCCCUUCGACUUCCUUUCUUGUGGCAGCCAUCGAGAAAAAUGGCAAAGAUCAAGGCCAGAGACCUGCGCGGUAAGAAGAAGGAGGAGUUGCUCAAACAGCUGGACGACCUGAAGGUGGAACUGUCUCAGCUCCGGGUCGCCAAGGUUACCGGUGGCGCGGCCUCCAAGCUCUCCAAGAUCCGCGUUGUUCGUAAGUCCAUUGCCAGAGUUCUUACUGUCAUCAACCAGACGCAGAAAGAGAAUCUGAGGAAAUUUUACAAGGGUAAGAAGUACAAGCCCCUGGACCUGAGGCCCAAGAAGACCCGCGCCAUCCGCCGGCAGCUGACCAAGCACGAACAGGGCCUCAUGACCAAGAAGAUGCAGAGGAAGUCACGUCUGUACUCCAACCGCAAAUUCGCCGUCAAGGCCUGAGGCUGUACUGCUGUUUCUGUUUUCCACUCAAAUAAAAACAAACACCCCACCCUG